GUGAUGAUGUGUGAAAGGCGACCUCCAGGGUGGGCAAAGCUGAUGCACCGCCAGUGAUUGCUCAGGAUCGUGCAUAAUGGAUGAUUCGCCGCCGAUGACCAGCAGCGCCGACGGGGCUGCAAAUGGGCAGCCCGCAGAGCAGCAGCAAGAAGGACCACCACCGAGGCGCCGCGCAUCUCUCGCACCCCAGACGGCGCCACUCCUCGAUGGUCCGCCGGCGCCGCCGCGCCCGCGCCGCGCGUCCUGGCCCGCGCCCGUGCCCGCGCCGGAUGAAUGCAAGGAGCCGUCGUCGACGCGGUCCGCCGACCUCGAGCGCUUCGUGGCGCGGCGCGCGGCGACGCUGCGGCGCGCGACGCCCGACGCCGAAGCCUUGGAGGAGCAGGUGCGCUCCGCUUUAAAUGAUAUGGUGGCUACGGAACGGCGGCGACCCUCGACGACGCCGCCAGCAAAACGGCCGUCGCUGGCCGCGCAGCUCUUCCGGCCCCGGUCCGCGUCGAAGGACAACGCCGACGCCAAGCUCGCCUCGCAGUUGUACGGCGGAAGCAUGACGUCGAGUCGACGGAAACAACGACGCGUGCCCUGGAACCACCCCGACUCGGUCUUCCGGCAGCGCUGGAUCCUGGCCGUCAUUAUGGCGACGCUGUACUGCGCCGUGGAGCUGCCCGUGGAGCUGGCGUUUUAUCCCGGUUUUCAAGUGGCGAGUUUCAAAUUCUGGUUCGACAUCUGUAUAGAUUUAUUUUUUGUGGCGGACAUUUGCGUCUCAUUGAAAACGGGCUUCGUCGAGGACGGCGUGGUCGUGAUGGACCCGAAACGUAUCAGGCAGAAGUACUGCCGGUCCGGGUUUGUGGUAGAUUUGAUCGCGGUGCUGCCGUUCGACGUCGCGAUGGCUUUUGCAGGAAGUGGUGAUGGUAACGAAUCGUUAGUUGCCGCAUCGACACGCCUCGGCCGCGUCGCGCGGCUAUCAAGGUUAUUGCGUCUAGGAAGGGUAGCUCGACUGUUCCGCUACUCCCAACAUUAUCUAGGAGGCCUCCAUGAAGGCCACGUUCGAAUCCUAGCACUGACGUUCACGGUCUUUCUGUUUGCUCACUGGGAUGCUUGCUUACUGUACCUAUCAGCUCGCAUGGACGACUUCGACGAGGACCGGACCUGGGUCGGGCACUUAGGACUUAAGUCAAGGACGAAUGCGGACCAGUACGCGUGGGCGUUGUUCAAGGCUUGUAGUCAUAUGUUGUGUAUAGGGUAUGGAGUUGUGAGACCCCUGUCUACCGUAGAAGUUUUGUUGACUACUGUCAGUAUGGUCUUCGGGGCGGCGUUGUUUGCCGGUAUUAUCGGCUCACUGACAGCUUAUCUGGCUUCCUUAGACGGCCCGUCGGCGAGAUAUGAAAGAUUACAGAGGGACUGCAACGUGUUUUUGGAGCAGCAUGGUUUAUCUCCUACAUUGAGGGAGAGGGUGCGCGACCAUCUGGAUAGGAGCCAUUUACGCGUGAAGCGGCGGUCCUGCGACGCGGCCGCCGAGGCGCGCGGCCACGGCCGCGUCGAUGAAUCAACUAUUCUGGACGCGCUGUCUCCUUUGUUGAGGAGCGAGGUCUGCGUCGAGCGCUGCCGUCGUGUUAUUCGCGCAUCACCGCUCCUGAAUGGCACGCUCGUGCGAAGUGACAUCGCGCGGGCGGUGGCCCCCGUCCUCGCGCCGCUCUCUGUGGGUGAAGGAGAAGCAGUCUUGGAAAAGAAUGAACCAGCUCUAGAAAUGUACUUCGUGGAGACGGGCUGCGUGCGAUUGAUCCGAGACGAGCCGGUCGCGGCGCUCGAAACUGGAAGUUACUUCGGAGAAAUUCCGUUCGUCUUCGAAAAUGUAAUGCUGCAGCCCUUUUUGGCUGUGGCUUGUGAAAGUUGCGACCUCUGGGUGCUGCCGCGGGAUGCGUUCGAGCGCCUCGGCGUCGUGUUUCCCGAGCUCCCGCGGAUCGUGCGCCUCGUCGCGCGGCAGCGGCUCGAGCGGAUGGGCGUCUCGUUGAUUGAUAUCUCGUCCGACGCCGACGGGUCGGACUCCAUUAGAUUGCUGGAGGACCUCUUCGCGUCGCCGGACGUCCGGAUGCUGGCGCAGCGGAUGCUCUCCGCCGAGUCGUCGCCGGCGUUGUCGCCUGCUUUGUCGCCGCGGGAGUAG